CACCCACUUGCAUUCACGAACAAACCAAGUCCAGAAGUUAAUUAAAUUGCCGGUUUUUUGCUUGUAGGUGAUCAGUAUUAUGAGCCAAGAACAGCCACGAAGAGGAGCUGAAGAUGACCAAGAGCCCAUUAAAUAUGGAGAUGUCUUCGUCAAUGUGAAGGGAUCAGAAUUGGCAUCGAAACCCGUAGCACCUAGGGAUGCGGCCAUCAUGCAAUCAGCAGAAGCCCAAGUACUGGGCGCAACCCAAAAAGGUGGCCCUGCAGCUCUCAUGGAAUCCGCCGCCGCAAUCAACGAGCGAGUCGGUCUCGUCUCUCACUACGCCGUCACCAACCUGGCCAGAAACCAAGGCGUUACCAUCUCUGAAACAAAUGAAGGCCGUGGCCGUGUCGUUACCCAAACACUGGGCGGGCAGGUGGUGGGGAAGUAUAUGCAGCCUGUUGACGCUGAGGCAAAGAAGAGGAAUAAUAAUUCAGGGACGGAUGAUGCUGUGAAUGAAUCAGCAGGUGAUGCUGCUUCGGCAUGGAUGCAAGCUCCAGGAUUCAAAGCAAGUAUAGAUGAUGAUUUCAUAAGUGAACAAGGAGACGCCACUCUCAAUCCUCGCUUGGUGCGCAAGGCUGAUGACAAUAAUUUUGUUCCUUCCGAAAAUGUUAUAAGUGGGAUACCUGGCGGCAUGGGAGCUUCCAUGGCUACCGCAGAUCAGAGGGUCAAAAAGAAUAAAUGAGGGUCUGAGUUAUAGUUCCGGUGCUCAAGUAAUCUAGUUUAAACAAAUGCAUGCUCAUUAAUUAGGAGUAGAGAUCGAUCUUCAAUUUGCUCCAGUUUGUUUCUUUUACUUUUUAGUGCGCGCUCUAGAUGUUUGUUAACCUUAACCAUAUGAAUGGAUGGUAACCCAACCGGAUCUGUGAUCCAAAAAAAAAAAAAAAAACAGUUCGAUUCCCAGUAGUCCUUAACGAGAGCCCAAUGAGCCUUUUAAUUAUUUAAGUCUAAACGGGGGCGUCAAUUGGAGGGUUCAAUUUCUUUCGCACAAUAACAUUAGCCCAUUAUCGUGGACAACAAAACUGGAGAGGAAAGCCCACUAUCGUGUACAACAGAACUGGAGAAGAAAGAUUAAAAUAUGCCAAAUUAGUGUGUAGCUUGGUUGCCAUAUCUUAAGACACUAACUUGAAAAUUCAACGUCAUUGCUCAAAACCAUGCAGAAGACGUGGGAAUCGUGUCUCCAUGUCGUGAUGAUUUUGUUCCAGAUUCAGAUUCUAGAUCAUAGCUAGCAGAAAGCAAGUGCAUCGACAUCGAUAAUUAUAUUAUUUCAUACUUGUGUUACAGCUCAUUCUCGUGUGAUAUAUGAUAGUUGACAAGAAAAAAAGGACUGGUGAUU